CAAAACCCCCCCGCCCCCCAUUCUAAAAUCUGAGAAUGAUUUGGUGCGUAGGGUUUUUUGCCAGAAAUGUGGUUUAGAUGGUCAUCAUGCUAGGGAGUGCUUUAAGUCUUUGUGGUGCGAAAUCUGUCGCAAAGAAACCCACAACACUGCUCGGUGUGUUCUUCCCAAACAGAAUAAGCCCAGUAUGCCGAUUGUUGGUAUGGUGGCAGAUGGGCUAGGGUUUUACUCCUCUCAUUUCGCCAAACCCUUAUCCAACAAACCUAAACGCAGUUUUAUUGGCUUGGUUAAAAUCGUUGAGGGUUUGAUCACCGCCGAGGAUCUGGAGAAGGAUUUCGGUUUUCACUUUCCUUGGGGCCGCACUUGGAAAGCUACUAAGUGCCAUUCUGGUUUUCUCAUGCAAUUCCCCUCUCAAGAGAGAUUGGAUGAAAUGAUUAAUUUCCCCGAAUUGAAAAUGAAAUUGUCUGGAGCCAAAAUCUCUGUCUCUUCUUGGAGUUCUCAGGCUAAGCCUAAAUCUAAACUGCAUUCUGUGUGGAUUGUGGCUGAGAAUGUGCCAGAAGAGUUGCAAAAUUAUCAGGCCAUUUGUGAAUUGGGAUCCACUAUUGGGGCAGUGGAAGAAGUGGAUAUUAACUCUUUAAACUCUAAAGAAAUUGUGAGGUUUAAAGUUCAUGUGAAGAGUGUUGCUAUGAUCCCUCCUAUCAUUGAAGUUGGUGUCAAACCUUUUUUGUAUGACAUUUUCUUCAAAAUUGACAACAUUACUGAUGAAGGUUGGAAUGAUGACUCUGUUAAUCUGGGCAAGAGGGCUUCGGUUGAUAGACAAGGGUUUGGUGAGAUCUCUCUUGGCAAAUAUGCUAAAAAGGCCAAGAGUGGUGAUGAGGACUCUGGCAAGGAUAUCAAGGGAAAAUCUCCCUUAAAAAUAUCCUCAAGUCAGGCCAAUGUUGCUGGUUCCCUGUCUGAACAAUCCGAAAGCAUGAAAAUGGGGAAGGGUUCUGAAGACCCUAAAGGUUACCUUGAUAGUCAGGGAAAUGAGGAUGAGGAAUUCAAUGAUAGUGAGUAUGAUCUGUUGGAUUCUCAGGAGUUGGAUGAAUUCAUCAAGGAUGAUGAAUUUAUUCCUUCCCCUGCCCAAGAUAAAAAGAAAAUGCAUCUGAGUAAUGUUGAGGAAGCUAGCAAGAUUGCUGGUGGUAAAAAAUGUGGUCCUAUGGAAGGCGAAGUUACUGAAGGAGUGAGAAGGUGCAGCAGGUUGGAAUCGUCUGAGGAAGUGAAAAUUGCUGAUAAAGCUGCUGCAAGAGCUAUGGCUAAAGAUGCUUUCAUCAACAAAGUGGAGGAGAUUAAGAAAGUGAUUUUUGAGAUGAAGCAUAACAGUGCUCCUGGGCCCGAUGGCUUUCCUGCUGAAUUCUUUCAAACUUUUUGGGAUACUAUUCAGUUGGAUAUUGUCCAAUUAUUCAAUGACUUUUACAAUGAUAGUCUCAAAAUUGAGAGACUGAAUUUUGGGGUGGUAACAUUACUACCAAAAGUGGACAAUGCGGCUGACAUGAAAAAUUUCAGACCUAUCUGCCUUUUAAAUGUGUGCUACAAGAUUAUUUCCAAAGUUCUGAACAACAGACUGGCGAGUUGUAUCACAAAAGUGGUAAGUGAUUCUCAAUAUGGUUUCAUUAAGCAUAGAUAUAUUAUGGAUGGGGUCAUAUCGCUUAAUGAAAUUCUCCAUGAAGUUAAAAGGAAAAAUCAAAGUGGAGUAGUAUUAAAAAUUGAUUUUGAAAAAGCUUAUGACAAAGUGAAUUGGCAUUUUCUUUAUAAUAUGAUGGAGAAAAAUGGUUUUGGUAGUAAGUGGUGUGAUUGGGUCAUGAAGAUUGUAAGAGGUGGUAAAGUUGCCAUCAAGACUAAUGAUACUCUGGGCCCUUAUUUCACUACUCACAAAGGGGUGAGGCAAGGGGAUCCUUUUUCUCCCCUUUUGUUCAAUUUGGUUGCUGAUGGUUUAGCUUGUAUGAUUAAAAAAGCUCAGGAGGAAGGUCUGAUUGAAGGGCUGAUCCCUCACAUCAUUCAAAAUGGUUGCUGUUGUUUACAGUAUGCUGAUGAUACCAUUUUUCUUAUUCAAGAUUGCUUAGAAGGCGUCAGAAAUCUUAAAUUCAUUUUAUGUUUGUUUGAAAGCAUGUCAGGUUUGAAAAUUAAUUUUCACAAAAGUGAAAUAUUAUGUUUUGGUGAUGCUAAAGAGAUAGACUUUUUGUAUGCUGAUAUUUUUACUUGUCCUAUAGGUAAUCUACCUAUGAAAUAUCUUGGUGUGCCAAUUGAUAAGAAAAAGAUUAAUAAAAAUCUUUGGUGCCCCAUGAUUGAGAAGUUGGAAAAAAGAUUAGCUGGGUGGCAGGGUAGAUUCUUGAGUCUUGGUGGUAGACUUACUCUGCUAAAUAGUUGCCUUUCUAAUGUUCCUUUAUAUAUGCUGUCGAUCUAUCCUGCCCCUAAGACUGUUAUUAAAAAAAUUGAUUUGUUGAGAAGGAGACUUUUAUGGCAGGGGGGUAAGCAGUCCAAGAAAUUUCACCUGGCCGAUUGGGUGUCAGUUUGUUCUCCCAAAAUUUAGGGUGGCCUGGGUGUUUUAAAUCUUGAAGUUAUGAAUGACUCCCUUCUUUAGAAAUGGCUUUGGUAUAUUGAGAAUUUGAAUGGAUUAUGGCAAAAGAUUAUUGCUAGUAAGUAUCUUAAGGGAAAACCCCUUAUUUUAGUUAAGCAAAAACAAAAUGACUCUCAUUUUUGGAAAAAGCUUCUGAGUUUAAGGGACAUCUUUUACAAAUACUGUAAAACUGAUGUGGGUAAUGGUUUGAAAACUAGUUUCUGGAAAAGCACUUGGUUGGGUAACCAACCGUUGUCUAGCCAGUUUCAUGUUUUGUUUGACUUGGCCUAUGACAAAGAUGUUUCUGUUAACGAAGUUUUCACUUCAAAUUUUGAAUCUCUUACUUUCAGAAGAAGGAUUGUUGGUAAUCUGAAGUUGCUUUAUGAUGAAUUGAUUAAUUAUUGUAAGCAGAUUUGUCUAUCUGAUCAUGAAGAUAGAAUUGUGUGGACCCUGGGGAAUAAAAGCUUCUCUGUUAAUUCUUUAUACAGAAAGAAAAUGGAAAAUCAAUCUUUGAUUCCAUAUAAGUUUUUGUGGAAAUCUAAAUUGCCUCAUAAAAUUAAGGUUUUCUUCUGGUUAGUGGUAAGAAAUAAGAUUCUUACUAAGGAUACUUUGAGGAAAAGAUGUUGGAUUGGUUCUUUAAACUGCUGUUUCUCUGGGGUGGAUGAGUCUAUUGAUCACUUGUUCUUUAAUUGCCCCAUUGCUCAAUACAUGUGGAGAGUUAUUCAAGUUGCCUUGAAUUUGAGAUCUAUCCCAAAAAAUAUCAAAGAUUUGUAUGACAAUUGGUUUUGUAAACCAAAAGACAAGAUGGCUCAUCUGGUGUUAUUUGGUUGUGGUGCUUUAUUCUGGGCUAUCUGGCGCACUAGAAAAUGAUUGGUGCUUUGGAAAUAGUCAUUUACUUGACCCAUCUAACAUCAUUUUUCUUUGCUGCUUCUGGUUGGAUUCCUGGGCGAUUCGUCAGAAAAAGAAGGAGCAAAAAAUGGUGGUGUUAGGAAGCAAGUUAAUUCGAAAGACGGCAAGUGAAGCUUUCGGGAGGGCCUUGGGGUGGUGUCCUCUUGACAGGCGGAUUUCUGGAUGACAAGAUGUUGAAGCUGGGAAGCCAUGUUGGGAUAGUUGUCUGUUUUUUGCUGGCCAAACUGUUCAGGUCUUUUGUGGCUUCUGCCUGUCUUGUUGGUUGUAAAUAAGAAAGUCUUAUGUAGUUCUUCGUAGGCCAAAACUUUCCCUGUUAUCGUAGUCUCUUCACUGAUCUAAUGAUAGUGGUUAGAGUCUAGAUAACUUUCUGGCCGUGGUUGAUCUUCUGGUGGUUCUACCGCGUGUGGGCGGUUGUUACAUACUUUCCUAUUUCUUAAUGAAAUAGGGGGCUUCGCCCCUUUGUC